CUUCGGCCGCCGCUUGCCGACCGGAGCGCGACCGCCGGGCCGCCGGCUGAAGUCCCGCACACCGGCGGCGAGUACGCGGGCCCCACCGACCUUCUGUCCCGGCCUGCCACCGCCGCCAAGGAGGAGGACCGGCACCACGGUGGGGGGUACCGGGUGGUCCAGUGGGAGUGGACCUACGUGCAGACUCCCUACGUCAUCGCCGUGUGGCUCCUGGUGGCCAGCGUGGCCAAGAUCUUGUUCCACUUGUCUCAGCGCUUCACAACAGUGGUUCCGGAGAGCUGCAUGUUGAUCCUACUGGGUCUGGUUCUGGGCGGCCUGGUGCUCUUAGCCAAUAAGAAGCAGCUGUACCAGCUGGAGCCCGCCCUCUUCUUCCUCUUCCUGCUGCCCACCAUCGUGGGCGACGCCGGAUACUUCAUGCCGUCCCGGCUCUUCUUCGACAACCUGGGAGCCAUCCUCAUGUACGCCGUAGUGGGAACGCUGUGGAACGCCUUCUGCACGGGCUUCGGCCUCCACGCCGCCAAGCUGCUGGGGGUCAUAGACGAGCGAGUGCAGGCCGACCUGAUGGACUUCCUGUUGUUCGGCGCUCUGAUCUCCGCUGUGGACCCGGUGGCGGUUUUGGCCGUGUUUGAGGAAGUCCAGGUCAACGACAUGCUCUUCAUUAUCGUGUUUGGAGAGUCGCUGCUCAAUGACGCCGUGACAGUGGUGUUGUACAAAGUGUACAUUUCCUUCGUGGAAGUGGGACCAGAGAACGUGCAGACAGCGGAUUACUUCAAAGGAGUCGCCUCGUUCCUCAUUGUCAGCGUGGGCGGGACUUUGGUGGGUCUGGUCUUCGCCGUCAUCCUGGGCUUCAUCACGCGCUUCACCAAGAAGGUCCGCAUCAUCGAGCCCCUCUUCGUGUUCCUCCUCGUCUACCUCGCCUACCUGACCGCCGAGCUCUGCUCGUUGUCCGCCAUCUUGUCGAUGACCUUCUGCGGCAUCGGUGCCAACAAGUACGUGGAGGCCAACAUUUCCCAGAAGUCCCGGACUACCGUCAAGUACACCAUGAAGACCCUGGCCAGCAUCGCCGAGACCAUCAUCUUCAUCUUCCUUGGAAUCUCCGCCGUGGACAAGUCCAAGUGGGCAUGGGACACGGGCUUGGUGUCCUGCACGCUCGUCUUCAUCUUCAUCUUCAGAGCCAUGGGUGUGGUGGGUCAGACGUGGGUACUGAACCGCUUCCGUCUGGUCCCGCUGGAGAAGAUAGACCAGGUGGUGAUGUCCUACGGCGGCCUGCGGGGGGCGGUGGCCUUUGCUCUGGUGGUGCUGCUGGACGGCGAGAGAGUCAAAGCCAAGGAUUACUUUGUGGCCACCACGAUCGUGGUGGUUUUCUUCACCGUCAUGUUCCAGGGUCUGACCAUCAAACCGCUGGUGGAGUGGCUCAAAGUUCCUCGUUCCACCAACAGGAAGCCCACCAUCAAUGAGGAGAUCCACGAGAGGGCGUUCGACCACAUUCUGACGGCGGUGGAGGACAUCGCAGGACUACAAGGCUACCACCACUGGAGAGACAAGUGGGAGCAGUUCGACAAGAACUACCUGAGCAAGCUGCUGCUGAGGAAGUCGGUGUACAGAAAGAGCGAGCUGUGGGAGGCGUACCAGAAGAUCAACAUCCGUGACGCCAUAAGCGUCAUCGACCAGGGUGGAAACCUGCUGACUCCCGCCAGACUGUCGCUGCCCUCCAUGGCCAGCAGGUCCUCCUUUCCCUCCAUGGCCAGCAGGACCUCCUUCCCCGAGGCCACCAACGUCACCAACUACCUGCGUGAGAACGGCAGCGGUGUUUGUUUGGACCUGCAGGUGAUCAACAUUGUGCCCGGAGGCAAAGUGGAAGAGGAGAUGGAGACGCACCAUGUCCUCGCUGAAAACCUCUACAAACCCAGAAGACGGUAUCACUCACACUACAGUCGUCACUUCAUGUCGGCGGGCGAGAAAGAGCGUCAGGACCGUGAGGUGUUCCAGAGGAACAUGAAGAGCCGCAUGGAGACGUUUAAGUCGGGACGACACAAACGGCACAAGAAGGAGCGCAGUCUCAAGAAGCGGCGAGGAUCUGACGUCAAGGAGGACGCUGGAGACAAACCCAGGAGGAACGUCAGCUGGCAGGACAAAGAUCCCGUGGUGGUUCCUGUGGAGUCGGAGGAGGAGAAAGGCGAAGCUGACAAGGAGGAAGACGUCGGUAUCACCUUCAUCGCUGGAAAAGCUGAAACGCCCAAACACCGACCUUUCUCAGUUUCCAUGUCCCCGCCCACCAUCGGAGACAGCCAUUUGCCGUGGAAAGGGGGCGUGUCCUCACCCCCUCCCUGCGUGUCCCUGGAGGCCACCAAGGUGAUCCCAGUGGACCUCCAGCAGGCUUGGAAUCAGAGUAUCUCUUCCCUGGAGAGCAUCUCCUCCCCGCCCGCCUCCGCCGAGCCCUUCCACCCGCGCAUCGCCGCCCUCCCCAGGCCGAGAGCCGCCCGUCCCGCCUCCUACACCCCGCCCAGCAGCACAUGGGUCGGCCCCGCCUCCAAGGCGCCCACGCUGGCCUCCUUCCGUUUCUCUGAAAAAAGCAGAGAGGAGGAGGAAGAGGAGGGCGAAGACGAAGCGUCGCAGGAGAUGAAGCCGCUCAUGUCACCUCUGAGACCUCCCAGCACCGCGCCGCCCCCGCCGCCCUUACCGGGUCCCGCCUCCGGUUCAGGGAGGCAGAGGAAACCUUGUGUGUACCUGAGGAGCCUGGUGACUGCGCCGCCUAGUGGCACCGGCGAGCCGCACACCCGAGGCCCCACCCAGCUUUAGGCGCAUCGGAACACAGCAACACAAACAUGAAGCAGCUUUAUCUUUGUGCUUAUUCGUGUUAUUCAUGUGAUCACCUUUACUAUGACCACAUGUCAGGUACGUGACUGCUCAAACACUACACUAGUCACACCUAUAGCCGUAUCUAUUUUAAUAUUGUCAAAUAAACUCUUCAGAGUGUGUGAACUACA